UAUUGUUCUAUACAAUGGUUGGCCUCAAGAAGUUUAUAAAAAUUAUUCCUACCGAUAAAACCCUUGUAACUGCUACAGAUAUAUCAAAUAAAAUAGUUAUCAAAUCAUCUAAUACUGUAAUUAUGUGUGAAUUCACAAUAGAUAGAAUAUAUCGACAACAAUCAUCACAAGGCAGCUAUAAAAUUCCUUACACUAUGAUACAAAUUGUAGUCAAUGACUUAGGAGGUCUUGCUUGCGUGAGAUUGAAGCAGAUUCGUCACACAUCAGAUAUAGAUAUCACAAAUAAUGAAAUAACUGGAUGUAUAAUAUUAAAGAUAAAAGGUGAUGUUGGUCAAUGUGGAAAGCUUUUAAAUAACACCAAAAAUAGCUUAGUGACUAAACCAGAUGUUACGCUUAUAAAUAGAAUUAUAAACAGCUUAGACAUCGAAACUAUUAUAAAAGAUAUAUGUCAAAAUCAAUAUAAAUGUGUGUGAUAGUAUACGAAUAAAAAUCUAACCAUCAAUCUGUCUAUUGAGAUAACAUUGUACUUACACGACAAUAAUUCCUAAAUAUAUCAUUAUAAGAGAGACACAUAAUGUGUACAAGUUGUAUAAUGAUUAGUAGUUGGUUAAUCGAUAAUUUUA